GAACAUUACCAAUUAGCUAAUGAGCAUAAUAAUGUCGUCAAACACAUUGAUUAUCACAGCGGCAUGCUUUCCCCUCCUCAUCCUCCUCCUCCUCCUCCUAAACCCUCUUUCUUUAGCAAACAGCACUGACAAUAUUUAUGGCGAUCUUAAUGGGUUCGUCAUUGACGGAUCAUCAAUAAAGCUAAACCAUAACGCAGAGGUUGGUCCGGAAGGCCUCAUCCAGCUGAUCAAUGACACUUCAGCAAGAGAUCUCUGCCAUGUCUUCUACAAAUACCCCUUCCAAUUCAAGAACAAUAAUAAUAGUAAUGGCGGCAGCAACUCUACUACUGUUUCUUCAUUCUCAACCACUUUCGUCUUCACCAUAGCACCCAACGACCAUGGCUUGGACGGCCAUGGUCUGUCCUUCGUCAUCUCCCCCACUAAAGACCUCCCGGGCAUUCACGCCGGUCGAUAUCUCGGCGUCUUCAACGCCAGCAACAGGGGAAACGCGUCCAAUCAUGUGGUUGUGAUCGAGCUCGACACUGCGCACGAUGUGGAGCUGAACGACGUAAAUUACGACCAUGUUGGGAUCGACAUCAAUGGAAUUGAAAGCAAGGAAUCUGCUUACGCUGGUUAUUAUUUGUCAAACUCGUCCGGGGACUACCUUCAGAAAUUAAAACUGGCCAGCGGAAAACCAAUACAAGUGUGGGUGGAGUAUGAUGGCACAGAGAAAGAGCUCGAUGUCACUAUGUAUCCACUUGACAUUAAUCCAAAACCCCGUCGACCGCUCUUAACCUACCGGCAAGAUCUCUCCCCAUUCAUGCGGGAAUCCAAUAUGUACGUGGGUUUCUCUUCCUACGCCCGACUGAGCAGCUCAACGCUUGGAGUGUCGGGGUGGAGUUUUAAGAUCAAUGGCAAGGCUCAAGACCUCAAUCUGUCUCGUAAUCCUCAGCCUUCUUCAUCUCAUAAGAAAAAAAAAUUCCAGCUUCGAAGGAGCACGAAGAUCCUCUUAGCAUCCACCAACAUUGUUCUCCUGCUUGGCUUGGCCUUCAUCUUUCGGAAGUGGAUCUCACCGAGAAGAAAUGAGAAGGAUUUCGAGGAAGUGCUGGAGGAAUGGGAGGUUCAAUAUGGGCCUCACCGGUUCCUUUACAAGGACUUAUUAGCGGCCACGAAGGGCUUCACCGACAAACAAGUCCUCGGCAAAGGCGGUUUCGGCCAGGUUUACAGCGGCAUCUUGCCGUCCUCAGGCACACAAGUUGCGGUGAAGAAAGUUGCCCACAAUUCAAGGCAGGGGAUGAGGGAGUUCGUGGCGGAAAUCGCCACCAUCGGCCGCCUGCGGCACCCUAACUUGGUUUGCCUUCUCGGUUACUGCCGGCGACAGCAAGAACUUCUCUUGGUUUAUGACUAUGUUCCAAAUGGGAGUCUGGACAAAUUCCUCUACGACAACACCAAGUUGAGUUUGAGUUGGUCGCAGAGAUUCAAAAUCAUCAAAGAUGUGGCGUCAGGUCUCCUCUACCUGCAUCAGCAGUGGGUCCAAGUGAUCAUUCACAGAGACAUAAAAGCCAGCAACGUCUUGCUCGACGGCGAAUUGAACGGAAAACUCGGUGAUUUUGGCCUCGCGAAGUUGUGCGAUCGGGGAACUGAUCCUCAGAGCUCCGUUGUGGUUGGGACUCUGGGGUACAUUGCGCCGGAGCUCGCUCGCACCGGAAAGGCGAGCAGGAGCACCGAUGUGUUUGCCUUCGGAGUGUUUAUGCUAGAAGUGGUGUGCGGAAGAAAGCCGGUGGAGCGACGGGCUUCGCCGGCGGAGUUAAAUCUGGUGGAUUGGGUUGAAGGGUGGUGGAGCAGAGGAGCCAUUUUGGAAGCAGUUGAUGAGAGGCUGGGGAAACUGUAUGUGGAGGAGGAAGCAGAGUUGGUGCUAAACCUUGGGCUGCUUUGCACGCAUGCGAUGGCCGCCGCUCGGCCGUGCAUUUCUGAGGUGUUGCGAUACUUGGAUCGGAGUGCUGGGUUGCCGAACAAUCUGAAAGACAUUGGUAGAGACGAGAACCCUGAUUAUAGUUUGGAUGAAGUGGGUGCGACAUCCAAUGAAAGUGUUUCUAUUGCUCCCCUAACAAUCACCGAAGCAUUCGUUUCUUUGGGCCGCUGAUGAUCAAUUGUAGAAAACUCUAUUUCUCACGAGAAAAUAUUUCAAGACUGAAUACUCCACGUUUGGCAUUGGAGGAAUGGAAAGAAAUGGAGAGCAAUUGGAUCUGAUUUUUCGCUUAAUUUUGUUAAUUGAUCAAAUUAAUUGAAAAAAAUUUGUUAAUGGAAGCAUAUACCGAACCAAAUG